CGGCUUGUCGUUGAACUGAUCUGCACCGGAUGUAAAACUAAAGCAGCGCUGCUAAUACGAAAGAUCUACUCAUUGAUUCCUGUGGUCCACUUCCACUGAGACUAUGUCUGACAGUGAUGGCCAAGGACAAGAGCCGGCUGGACUGGAAGGUCUGCCACCAAUGCAUAGCAUCUCCAAGGGAGAGGUGGUGUCUGUGCAGACCUACGGAGCCUUCGUCCGACUGCCAGGAUACAAGAAAGAAGGCUUGGUGCAUGUGAGUGAGAUGUCAGCCACACGCAUUGAGAGUGCCUCAGAUGUUGUCGAUAUGGGGGAAAAUGUGUGGAUUAAAGUAAUUGGGAGAGAGAUUCGGGACGACAAGGUCAAGUUGUCCUUCUCUAUGAAAGCUGUCAAUCAGGGAUCUGGUAAGGACUUGGACCCAAACAAUGUCAUGGGAGAGCAGGAUGCGAGGCGACGUAGGCAAUUUAGAGAUCACACUGGCAACAGGAUCACACUGGAAGCUGUCCUCAAUACGACAUGCUCAAAGUGCGGCUGCAAGGGUCACUUUACCAAGGACUGUUUCUCUGCUCCGGGCUUGCAGUACGCUCUGGUACCUGAAGAGGAUGAGGAAGCACCACAGCAGCAGCAGCCGCUUCUGCUGCAGCAGCAGACCACCUCAGUUGCACCACCGCCAGAGUCAGGAAAAAAGAAAAAGAAAAAGAAGGAGAAGAAAAUGAAGAAAAAGAGGGAGAGGAAGGAGUCUGAGAGCGGCAGCAGCAGCGACGAAUGCAAAACCAAGAGGAAGCGCCAUGAGCAAACUCACGACAAAGAGGACAAAAAGAAGAAGAAACAUAAGAAACACAGAUCACACAAAAGCAGCUGAGACAGCCACACAACUCACACACACACAUCUCCAGUCACACAAACUGCAGCUAUCAGACUGACACAAAGGGGGAAGUGGGUAACGACGGACGGAGUGACGGACCGCAAGCUGUGAAUCUUUUAUUAAUCUCUCCCCAGGACGGCUCAUGAUAAAGACCUUCUUUCAUUUGAGUGAAGGACAGUUCAUGUUAUUGGUAGCACAGUCUUACUUCCUGUCAAAUUUAUAGAAUCAAAAUAACAAACACAAACAUCUGGUGACAAGCCCCACUUGUCCUAAAGUAACCUCUGGCUCCACCUCAGAGGGAGGAGUUUACACAUCAUGGCAGCAAGUGGAGAUCCCUCUUGGAAUCCAUUGUUCACAGCCAUCAGGCUUCAUCAAACAUUAAAUAAGAAGACAAUGAAUGUAAAUCUGGGGGGGGGCGUUCUAGCAUUUAAAUCCUUCCAAUAAUCCACACACACAGGAAGUAGUCGAGACAAACGGACGUGUAACGCAGCACAAGUGAGCGUGACAGGAAGCUCAUGCUGUGAUGACAUCCGGAAGUUGCUGCUUAUUGUCCAUUUGUGUGGACAUAAAAAUGUGUGUUUGUGUCCAUUACACACAACCUUCCCUUCUGCAUGUCAGCUGUUAACUCCAUUAAAGGUUUUUUUUUAAUUUGUGGACAUUAAAAAAUGCCUUAUUGUU